CCUCGGUGGAGGGAAUUAAUUUCACACGUCUGCGCGAACCAAUAUGUGGUUCGCCAGCUCAUUUAAAUCAAAGUCAUUUGGCGCUGUUACUCUGAAGGUGUAUUUGUUGAAGGAUAGUAUUUCCCUUAAACCUGGAGAGGAAAAAAUAACAAAAAUCAUAUUCUUAUUCUUAUACUAAGAAAAUUGAUAGGGGUUCACGAUUUUCAUCGCUAGUUUUAGGGUUUCAGGCUUUCAGGUCCCUACCUCCUCCUCCACCAUGGGAAAUUUGCUUCUGGAGAGAUAUCUAAACGGGCGCUCUGGAAUCCAUCGCGUGAAUAGAUCUGUCAAUGCAGUUGUUGGGAAGAGAAAAUUGAAAUUGCGUCGCAAGUCUGCUAGUAGGCAAGUGGAUGCUGAGGGUCAUGAUGGUGGUGCAGCCCCGGAAGAAACAACAAUGGAAAAGGUCAGUUUGCGGAGGCUGCAUGCCCGGCUACUUCACAAUCUGUUGUUUCUUUGCCAAUUUUAAUUGUUUGGUGGGUCGAUGGAAGAGUUUGAUUCUCUAUGCAAGCAUUUUGAGUUCUCUGCAGAUGCAAGAAAAUCAUGCACGGAAUGAGAUUGGCAAUGGCAUGCACUUAGACAACGGGGAAAAGAGCUUUGAAGGUAAUUGCGAAGAGAGCCUCCUUGAAGAUGUAAUUUUUUUUUUGUUGUUGAAAUAUUUCCUCCUCGCUUAUCGCCAUCAUCUUCAUUAUUAAAGAAAACAAUUUAUCAAGUCUAACUUUUACAUUUUUUUAAAUUAUAAUAUAACGGAGUAGUUGCAUAGAGUAUGCAUACCGCUUGAACGACCUAGUUGAUCAUCAGGUUCUAUCUAUCAUUAUGCAUGCACAUCUGCAGUGCGGAGUUUCUACAUAUCUAUCUAUCUAUUUUGGCUCUACAGACAUGGAUUUUGUUGUGAUCACUCUGUAAUGAUUUUGUUAUAUGGACCAUGUAAUUGUUGCAUGCUUCAGGACGGAGGCAGUUUUAAUUGUUGCAUGAUUGUUUGAAUAUGCUUUUUUUUCCAACAAUAAAAACAACUUUGAUUG